AUGAGAACGGAAUCAUAUUAUGUAGUUGUAAAUCCAGAAUCUAAAGAGGAGUGGGUAAAGGAGAUUAGAGACUCUGCUAAUAAUUUAAAGCGUGCUCAAAUUGCAACACUGCUAAAGUCACAUGCUCAUAAAUACUUGAAAUUUAAUUUUUAA